UUUUGUUCUUCUCGUGGUUCCAGUGGGGAGAGAAGGAGGAAGCAGGGAGCGAGGCGGUUGGGGGCGACCCGCCGCGGCUUUUGCCACCGCCGCCACCACCAUCUCUGUGCUCGUGGCGUGGGAAAGGAGGUGUAAACCCCGGGCGCGAGCCGGCGGCGGCGCCACUGCGGGAGGGUCGGCGGUGGGAAGGCGAUGGCGGAUAUAGAUAAACUCAACAUCGACAGCAUCAUCCAACGGCUGCUGGAAGUGAGAGGGUCCAAGCCUGGUAAGAAUGUCCAGCUACAGGAGAAUGAAAUCAGAGGACUGUGCUUAAAGUCCCGAGAGAUCUUUCUCAGUCAGCCUAUCCUACUAGAACUUGAAGCACCACUCAAAAUAUGUGGUGAUAUCCAUGGACAAUACUAUGAUUUGCUUCGACUUUUUGAGUACGGUGGUUUCCCGCCAGAAAGCAACUACCUGUUUCUUGGGGACUAUGUGGACAGGGGAAAGCAGUCAUUGGAGACCAUCUGCCUCUUACUGGCUUACAAAAUCAAAUAUCCCGAGAAUUUUUUUCUUCUCAGAGGAAACCACGAAUGUGCCAGCAUCAAUAGAAUUUAUGGAUUUUAUGAUGAAUGUAAAAGAAGAUAUAACAUUAAACUAUGGAAAACUUUCACAGACUGCUUUAACUGUUUACCGAUAGCAGCCAUCGUGGAUGAGAAAAUAUUCUGCUGUCAUGGAGGUUUAUCACCAGAUCUUCAAUCUAUGGAGCAGAUUCGGCGAAUUAUGCGACCAACUGAUGUACCAGAUCAAGGUCUUCUUUGUGAUCUUUUGUGGUCUGACCCCGAUAAAGAUGUCUUAGGCUGGGGUGAAAAUGACAGAGGAGUGUCCUUCACAUUUGGUGCAGAAGUGGUUGCAAAAUUUCUCCAUAAGCAUGAUUUGGAUCUUAUAUGUAGAGCCCAUCAGGUGGUUGAAGAUGGAUAUGAAUUUUUUGCAAAGAGGCAGUUGGUCACUCUGUUUUCUGCACCCAAUUAUUGUGGAGAGUUUGACAAUGCAGGUGCCAUGAUGAGUGUGGACGAAACACUAAUGUGUUCUUUUCAGAUUUUAAAACCUGCAGAAAAAAAGAAGCCGAAUGCCACGAGGCCCGUAACACCUCCAAGGGGUAUGAUCACAAAGCAAGCAAAGAAAUAGAUGUCAUUUUGACACUGUCUAGUUCGGACUUGUAACAUAUAGUGUAUAACCUUCAUUUUUACAACUGUAAUGUGUAUUGGUCAGCUUGCUCAAAAAGUGUUUGUGGGCCCCCCCCCUUCCAUUUUUGACUUAAUGAAUAGUAUUUGCUGGUUAUAACAGCAAAUGAAAGACUCUCCACUCCCAAGGAAAAAUGUUUUGUUUUGUUUAGUUCUCUGUUCCUUUUUGCAAACAACUUUAAUGAUGGUGUUAAAGCUGUACACCCCAGGACAUUUUAUCCUUUCUGAGGGGUGAGCGUACAGCUGAUCUUUUUUUAAUUCCGUACAGCCCAUGAAUAAUGUACAUGCUCACUUUCUUUAGGACAUAAAGAGAGCCCUAGGGUGCUCAGUCUGUACGUGUUAUUGUCAUAAGAUGCAUAUUGUUGGAUACAAACCACUGUGAACUCUUUUUUUGUUUUUUUUCAAAGGGAUUGCUUUUUUUUCUCAUUGUCUUAUCAUGUACAAGCUAGUUUUUAUAGCUAUCAACAUUAGGAGUAACUUUCAACCUUGCCAGCAUCACUGGUAUGUAUAUUUAAUUAAAGCACACUUUCCCCUGCGAUAUACUUAAAAUGACGAUUAAAGCCAUUAUUUUAAA